UCUGAUGCUGCUGUAACUGGAAGGCUACGGUAAAAGGGGGUGAUUAAUGCUACACACAAGAGACGGUUGAAUGAUGGAAAGGAAUCCUUUCGCAGCAAGAUGGAUUGGAAAUUGUAUCACACUGCUUUAGCAUAAUAGUUAUAUAGGUUAUACAAUUUUUCCCGUGUUUUUUCCUGCCGUUGAGGUUGCGCAGUUUUACCCGUACUUUUUUGUGUGUGCAGGCUGUGCAAUAUACAUCUUUACAUUAUUUCUAAAUAUUUCACACAUGAAGAAAAAUAAUAUUUGGAAUACGUUUACUUUGUGUAGACAAUGACGCAAAACCAAUUAAAAUGCUGGUGAUGAAAACCACAUAGAAGCCACUUGGAAUUACAAAAUACAAAGGCAAAGCAGUUAUUUUAUUAUGGGUAUGGAAGUCAGUCACACAUCAAAUAUAACCUGAUUUAUUGUAGUUCUUCCGAGUCCUAUUCCUAUUGGGCAAUAUUUGCAAAAGCCAGCCCUCAUCAACACGCAUCCUCGUUGCUAGGCUUAAAAUCUUUUGUCCUUGUCAUUUACGCACCGAAUAGGGUCGAAGAUAGAGCAAGUCGGCGACGCUCGACAGCGUUCGACAAAAUUUUCAUCUUAAUCAUGUAAUAUUAGGUGAGGGGAACCCUUUGAGGGGAGCGGGCGCAGCGUGUCUUAAAUGGGAAAUUUGUUGGGCAACUGGCGAUUCAAGGAGCCGAGCACCGUGGAAGAAUGCGACUCGACGUGGGGAUCGGACUCGGAGAGCGACGAACCUGCGGCGGAAGACGACAGCGGCAUCUCUGAUAGCGUGAGCCCGGCGGAGAGCGAGUGGCCCGCCGGAAACAAUGGAGACUUGUCCCCGAAGCUGACUGAUUCUCCAGAGUUUCUACCAAAGAUGAAAAGGAGUUUCUACGCUGCCAGAGACUUGUACAAAUACCGCCACUGCUAUCCGAGUUACAAAAAGUCCCGGCAACCCAAUGAGUACCGUAACCUACGUUUCUACCUGAACAAGAUCCCACUUGUACCUGACGGUAUCUACAUCGAAGAAAUUUUGACAAGGUGGAGAGGUGAUUAUGACAAGCUGGAGCACAAUCACACCUACAUUCAGUGGCUGUUCCCAUUACGAGAACAAGGGCUAAACUUCUACGCACAUGAACUGACUCAGGAUGAGAUUAAAGAAUUCCAAAGCACUCGAGAAGCCAAGCGCAGGUUCUUGGCGGCUUAUUCCCUGAUGUUGGACUUCUACGGCAUCAAACUACUCGAUAAGAGCGGAAAUGUUGCUCGUUCUUCCAACUGGCAGGAGCGCUUCCAUCACCUUAAUGAGUCACAGCACAACUACCUGCGCAUCACUCGCAUUCUGAAGUCGCUGGGCGAGCUCGGCUACGAGGCCUUCAAAGCUCCAUUGGUCCGCCUGUUCUUGGAGGAGUCGCUACAUCGCAACACGCUUCCCAACAUGCAGCACAGCAUACUGGAAUACUUCGUAUACACCAUCCGUCGGCCAGCCGCCCGCAGACACCUGCUGCGCUACGCCCGCCAGCACUACAAGCCUGCUCACGCCUUCCUCUGGGGUCCGCCACCUAAGAGAUCCAAACCCAAAAGUGGAGAUGUUGGUGCUAGUGUGGGGGCUGGGAGCAGUGGGAUCCGAGCUCCUGCUCCCACACCUGAACCUCAGAGGAGAGGGGGGGAGACGAGCUUCAUCCCUGCAUCUGGAUGUAGCGGGACAUUUGUGUCUUACCACGAUGCCACAGUUUGCCAGGAUGUGGAUGCAGAGAGUCUGAAUGCAUACACACCGCUGGGCUCCAGCAUGGAUGGACCAGAGGGAGUAUUUAUGAUGAUGCUGGAGAGGAAUAAUUACAGUGGGUCUGUUCCUUUGUAAGAUGCCAGUUGUCUCCUUUGACUGAAACUGGCUUUUAAGAGUAAAGUAGACAUAUUCACGUGAAGAAAACAAUGCUUGUUCUUGAGGUUUUUAGGACCCUAUACAAUAGGAAAGUAAAUUAAGGCAAAACAGUUUAUUGUAUUACUUGUUGUUAGCGGAAAAAAUCUUAAGGGCUUAGGAUAAACAUAUAUUAGCUGUUGAUUAAUUUUAGCCAGGGUUGCCCAACCUUUUUUGACCGAAGAUCGACUUUUCAAGCCAACCAACUUUCGCGAUUGGUCAUCACCGCAUGGGCACGCAUACACGUGUGCAUGCGCACACGCCAUUCCUUACCAGUGCGAUCGAUGAAGUGUAGACGAACAAACUGAAUCAGAAAAAAAAGAAAAACGCAACAUCUCUGAUUGCAAGCUGCAUUUGCAGACUGUUGACCGCGAACAACUUCCGGAGAGGGAGGUCACGCGCCCCCGUCGGUUAAAGGUGACCUGCUUUUUUUAGAUUAUUAGAUUAUUUUUUACUUUUUUGUGAAAGUGAUAGGAUACUUAGGGUGCAGUGUACACUUGCACAAAAAUAUAUAAUAUCAAUAACACGAACCCCCGCCCAGAUCGACUAGUUGGUCACCCCUGAUUUAAGCCAAGCAAGAGAAUGUUGGCUAGGGCAGGACAAGAAAACAAGACCACACGUGGGACUAAAUACCCAAACCAUGUGAAAUGGUUGAGGCACAAAUCAGGGACAUUUGAACACAAGACUAAAGAUGGCCUUUUAUUUGUGUGGGUUGGAGUAUUGGCUAACAUGGUUACUGAUGUUUUGGGGCACUUGAAAAGUAGAUGCUUGUCAUGCUGAUCCACAGUUAAUCAAACCCCGAAAGUGGAGCCACAGUAGGAUGACAGCCCAAAAGGGUGAAAAUUAAAUACAUCAAAAAACAACAUUUUCAAAUAACCGACAAAUCCAAAAUACGGCCAGGGAAUUUUAAAUAAGCUAUUGUUAUUUUGAAAUAUGUUCUCAGUAUUCUUUAAUAUCAAAUUCUUCUCAUUUUAUUACAAUUAAAUAUGACCGUCUCAAGGACCAGCCAAUUGCCAAUUACUUAAAUGUCAUUGUGCUGAAAAAUGGCAAGAUGAAUUAAAAAGGCCAUUGUGGAAAAAUGACAUUUUAAAAGAAAAAUUGACUAUGUGAAAAAACGUUUUUGGGUCAUAAAAUCUUGGAAAAUAAAAGUUAUUAAAAAUGGAUGACAAUGUUAAAAUCACUGUUAUGAGAUAUUUAAUUCCCAUAAAUUAUAGUAAUUACGGUACAUAUUAAAGAAGAAUAAGACAAUAUUUUAUAAUGUUUUGCAAUAUAUUUGUCUGUUAUUUAUCAAAAUGGUACUUAUUUCAAAUUGUUGCUUUGAUUCAUUUCAUUUGGACUCUUGUGGACUCCCACAUUGCAGGACCCAAGAUGAAGCCUACUUUGUAUAACAACGUGAGAUUUCAGGGAGAACCUUUCUAUGACUACUUUUCAAACUCAGUCAAACAACAAAAAAGAUCAUGCACAGUAGUUUAGGAUCACAUAGCAAUGCCUAAUCAAUUAUACAUAUUGUAGAGUAAUGGUAAAUUCAGGUUCUGACCCUGUAAAAAUAGUAAGUGCAAGUUGAAUCAUACAAAUUGAAAUGCUCCUUUUAAGAUAAUUGCAUAGCUUCUGCAAAGACAUAUUAAUGUGACUCACUAGUGUUUUGUAGAUUUUUAAGAUGGGCCAUGCAUUUUACUACUGUCUUUCAAAAAAAAAAAAAAAAAACGAUGCAAUAAAUAACUGCAGGUUAAUGAUACAAAAAAUGGCCACACUUCAUGUGAUUUAAAAGACAUUCUGCGUUCCAGUCUUGAUGAACCUAAAACUGUUCGUAUUUCUGCAACAUCAAAUUUUUAGUGCCUGGCUGAUAGGAUCUACUCAUAUUAUUGUGAUUGACAAUAGUAGCUUGGUAAAUGUGUUACAAAUGACAAUGAUACACAUCUUAAACUAUUCGGAAAUCCUAAUCCCCUAAUGAACAAUCAAGUGUGAACCAUCAAAGUUAUACACAUUAACAGUUUAUUGAUCUUUAAUCAUUUGUAAAGUGUGUUGUACAGUAUCUCCAAAUGUUAAUUCAGAACACGUUCAUCAAUAGUGUUUGUUUUGUCAAAUGGUAUACUAUAUGAUAUAUAAUUUUUGCCUGAAAAGAAAACAAACGAGUCUGCUACCAUGGGAGUUUCCAGUGUACAUUCAAAAUCUAUACAAUAAUACUUAACGUGACUACAGGUGCUGUACUCCGAUGCAAUUUCGGGCUACAUUCAAAAUAAAAUACAUACACAAAUAGUCAUAUCAUUAGGAGUAGAAGUAAUAUGAUUUCCAAGAAUGAAUUAUGAGCCUGAGAGAAUAAAGAUAUAGAUUGAGAAUAAUUAAUGAGAAGUACCGGUAUUGAAAAUCCUUUCAAAUUAAAGUUGAGUCUGUUUGACAAGCAGUGACACGUGACAACGUUUUGGUACAUCAAGACCAAUGUUCCCUCUAAGCUGCGCACGUGAGCAAUUGCACACUGCUCUCACCCUCAAACGCAGUGACGCUAUGCGCAGAUGUUCCAUAUCUGCAUUCAAUUGAGCAUUUCCACCAGAGUUCAAAUCUACAAACGGGACACCACACCAUUCCCACUUGGCUUCCAGUUUCUGUAGGGCGACAGAGGGUACAAACUCCAGUGGUGUACUGUAGUUUGAAACAUACCCUGACAUAUACACUCACAUUCACCAUUGAAGAGAAACUGCAUGCGAAACGUGACCACUCCAUUCAGUCAAGUCAAGUUACAUUUAUUUAUAUAGCCCUGAAUCACAAACAGUCUCAAAGGGCUUCACGUGUCCAAGGUUGACAACUAUUGCCCUGACCUUAACCCCCAAGAGGUGCAAAAAAAAACAUCUGGGGACGCUUAACUCAUUCACUCCCAAAGACGUUUUUAAACGUCAUUUCAGACUUGGUCUAGAAUUGGCUGGUACUCAAUGAGUUAAGAAACCUUGAGAAGGGGCCGCGGAUUGGAAAAUCCCCCUACCAGGAAGACCAGGCUGCAAUAGAUGCUGAGUGGGCAACAUGUGACACAAUAUUGUACUAUACUGUACAUUGUCAGUUAGAAUUACCGGUAUAUAAAAAUCCAUUGAACAAGAUGAAGUCUAAGCAUGGGCACAGUUUUCGAGCCCCUGAAAUGAAGCGCUUUCGCACCUUUGAGAGGUCAGGUGACUCGAAUAUUUUUUGUGUUUUAUUGAAUGACAUUUUUUCCAUUAUUUUUGAAUGGACAAUGUAGCUGUUGGAACAGUGGCAGACUGAAUAGCACGUCCACCUCUCAAUGCAGACGUGCCCCCGGGUGUACCUAGAUGUGAUUAUGAGUGCAAAUAGUUAUUUGUCGUGUGAUUGUCUAGCAGCCAGUUUAGGGUGUACCAGGGCCUACUGCCUGAAGGCAGCACGCCCACGACCCUCGUGUGAAUGAGAAAAUGGAGGGAUGUUUGUCUCCGAAAUCUCUAUUCAAUCAUAUCUUCUAUUUUGGUAGAUUUUAUUUAUUUUUUUGGUAACAUAGCCACAUCAUGUAACUUAUGAUCUUCCGUUUUGGCUGCCGUAUGCAUGUCUGAUGUUGCUCACUAUCGGCCAAGGAAUACUCAAGGAGUUUGUGUAAAUGCUCAGACGCACGCAAACUUACAGGGAACGUUGAUCAAGACCAUUGUCAUGACAGGAGUCGUUCAAAGUUAUUAUGCAAAACAUUUGUGACACAUUAAACCCGCCUCUUUUUAUGCAUUUCAUCAACCAUCAACAAGGAGGGUUUGAGCACAUUUUUCAUGGAACUACCCAAUUAGUAUUUGGCAAGUUUAUUAUUUUUUUCGGUUUGGCCCUUUGUAAGGUAGCAAUAAAGGUUUGCAGAACAUGUGACAUUCAAAUAUGGCUGCCUGUGUCACCUGAAAGCCUUCGAUACCAAACUGGCUGCAAAUAACAGGCCUUGGUGGAAUGAUGUAUGGUGUGCUGAACUUUUUUGAUAAUCUUUGUCUUCCUGUUAAAAGCGCAGUCGGGUUUCGUCACAUUGCUGUUCUGCUGUUGAGACUGCUGUAAAUAAUAGUGCAACGUAUACAUUAUAUACUGUAUAUGAAUUAAUAUAUUUACAUUUCAAGGAUGGAUACACAAAGGCAGUUUAACCUUUUCAUGCACCCUGUAACCUGAUAACAUGAUAAGCUGUCCACUGUAGUAACCACUGUCAAUGAGAGGGUUAAAGCAAGGCGAUAUGACAAACUGACUGUGACAAUGAAUUGUGUGAGCACUAUGAGCCCAUAAAUGUGAGUCUUUAAUACUCUAUUGUAGUGGUAUGAACAUCGUAAUUGUCAUUUUUGUAUUUGUUUGAGUGAGCAGCGCCUUACACUCGACUGAUACUAGUGUUAUACAUCAGCCUCUAUUGAGUAUUUCAAUGUAAUCGUGUAUAAAGUUAGGGUCAUCACUUUUGGUGGGUUUUAUGAGAAAUAUGAGAGAGCACCACUGAAAGCCUGUCUUUUACUCAGCCACAACAGGCCUUAGCAUCACACCGCUUUCAAAUAGUUGACAGAUGCUUGUGUUUGUUUAGAUGAAACGCCUUCAUUUACUUCCCGACGUGUUCUUCCUUCUGGCUGACAAGGUUGUUCCAUAGCCAUGUAUUUGAUAAAAUUGUAAAACAAACUUUUCAGGUAAAAUAUGUGAUCACAUGGGCUAAACUAAUAGACUUUUUCGCAUACUGUGUGUAUUAUCUAUAUACAGAAUGUGGGUAUGCCAGUGUGUGUAACAGAGACUAUUAAGUGCCUCUUUUGUAUUUUAUUGGUGUGUGUGUGUAUGUAUGUGUGUGUGUGUGUGUGUGUGUGUAUAUAUAUAUAUAUAUAUAUAUAUAUAUAUAUAUAUAUAUAUAUAUAUAUAUAUAUAUAUAUAUAUAUAUCUUGCAUCUGUGUGUAUUCAGAAUGAGUAAUUUAAUUAAAUAAAGAAAUAUAUCUCAUAAUCUUUGAUGAAGCCUGGAGGAAACAUCUUGGUGUAGUUUGUAAUGGGCUCAUUAUAUCAAUAUGAUUCCAUGUUUCACUAUCGUUACAUUAGUACUUCCUGAAUUUUACAGUGUUAAGAAGCCUAUGUAGGGUACAAUAACUCAAAAUGUAUGUGCACAAUCUGAAAUAAAAUAUUGGCCUUGUG